AUGUCUGACGCUAAGGUUGAAACUCAUGAAUUCACUGCUGAGAUUUCUCAGUUGAUGUCUUUAAUUAUUAACACUGUUUAUUCUAAUAAGGAAAUCUUCUUGAGAGAAUUGAUCUCAAAUGCUUCUGAUGCUUUAGAUAAAAUCAGAUAUGAAGCUUUAUCUGAUCCAUCCAAAUUAGAAACUGAACCAGAAUUAUUCAUUAGAAUCACCCCAAGACCAGAUCAAAAGGUUUUGGAAAUUAGAGAUUCUGGUAUUGGUAUGACCAAGGCUGAUUUAGUUAACAAUUUAGGUACUAUUGCUAAAUCUGGUACUAAAUCAUUUAUGGAAGCUUUAUCUGCUGGUGCUGAUGUUUCUAUGAUUGGUCAAUUCGGUGUUGGUUUCUAUUCCCUUUUCUUGGUUGCUGAUCAUGUUCAAGUUAUUUCUAAACAUAAUGAUGAUGAACAAUAUAUUUGGGAAUCUAAUGCUGGUGGUAAAUUCACUAUUACUUUAGAUGAAUCCAAUGAAAAAUUAGGUCGUGGUACCGUUUUAAGAUUAUUCUUAAAGGAAGAUCAAUUGGAAUACUUGGAAGAAAAGAGAAUUAAGGAAGUUGUUAAGAAACAUUCUGAAUUCGUUGCUUACCCAAUUCAAUUAGUUGUUACCAAGGAAGUUGAAAAGGAAGUUCCAGUUGAAGAAGAAGAAACCGUUGCUGAAGAAGGUGACGACAAGAAACCAAAAUUGGAAGAAGUUGAAGACGAAGAAGAAGGUGAAAAGAAGGAAAAGACCAAGAAGGUUAAGGAACAAGUUACUGAAACUGAAGAAUUAAACAAGACUAAACCAUUAUGGACCAGAAACCCAACUGAUAUUACUCAAGAUGAAUAUAAUGCUUUCUACAAGUCUAUUUCUAAUGAUUGGGAAGAUCCAUUAGCCGUUAAGCAUUUCUCUGUUGAAGGUCAAUUAGAAUUCAGAGCUAUUUUAUUCGUUCCAAAGAGAGCUCCAUUUGAUGCUUUUGAAUCCAAGAGAAAGAAGAACAACAUCAAGUUAUACGUUCGUCGUGUUUUCAUUACUGAUGAUGCUGAUGAAUUAAUUCCAGAAUGGUUAUCAUUCGUUAAGGGUGUUGUUGAUUCUGAAGAUUUACCAUUAAACUUAUCAAGAGAAAUGUUACAACAAAAUAAGAUCUUGAAGGUUAUUAGAAAGAAUAUUGUUAAGAAAUUGAUUGAAACUUUUAAUGAAAUUGCUGAAGAUCAAGAACAAUUUGAUAAAUUCUAUACUGCUUUCUCCAAGAAUAUUAAAUUAGGUAUUCAUGAAGAUCAACAAAACAGAAAUGCUUUAGCUAAAUUAUUAAGAUACAAUUCUACCAAAUCUACUGAAGAAAUGACUUCUUUAUCUGAUUAUGUCACUAGAAUGCAAACUCAUCAAAAGAAUAUUUAUUAUAUUACUGGUGAAUCUACCAAGGCUGUUGAAAAAUCUCCAUUCUUGGAUGCUUUAAAGGCUAAGAACUUUGAAGUUUUAUUCAUGGUUGAUCCAAUUGAUGAAUAUGCUAUGACUCAAUUGAAAGAAUUCGAAGAUAAGAAAUUAGUUGACAUUACUAAAGAUUUCGAAUUAGAAGAAACUGAUGAAGAAAAAACCGAAAGAGAAAAGGAAGUUGCUGAAUUUGAACCAUUAACUAAAGCCUUGAAAGAUAUUUUAGGUGAACAAGUUGAAAAGGUUGUUGUUUCAUAUAAAUUAGUUGAUGCUCCAGCUGCUAUUAGAACUGGUCAAUUUGGUUGGUCCGCUAAUAUGGAAAGAAUCAUGAAGGCUCAAGCUUUAAGAGAUACCACUAUGUCUUCAUACAUGUCCUCCAAGAAGACUUUUGAAAUUUCUCCAAAAUCCCCAAUUAUUAGGGAAUUAAAGAGAAAAGUUGAAACUGAUGGUGCUGAUGAUAAGACUGUUAAGGAUUUAACUACUUUAUUAUUUGAUACUGCUUUAUUAACUUCUGGUUUCUCUUUGGAUGAACCAUCUAAUUUCGCUCAUAGAAUCAACAGAUUAAUUGCUUUGGGUUUAAAUAUUGAUGAUGAUACUGAAGAAACUGCUCUUGAAGAACAUACUACUACCACUGCUUCUACUGAAGAAGCUACUGAAGAACCAGCUGGUGAAUCUUUAAUGGAAGAAGUUGAUUAA